AUGAAGAUGGUCUCAGCGCUGCUCCUGCUGAGCACCCUGCUGGGUACCCCUGCCGUGCCUUCCCAGCGUCCCUCGUGCUACAAGAGGGCCCUCAAAGACCACAACUGUCACAGCAUCCCCGAGAGCCUGGUGAAUCUUCGACAAAUUGAUGAUGGUCUGCAAAAUCACUUUUGGGAAGGGAAGGGUUGUGAGGUGAUCUGUUACUGCAACUUCAAUGAAUUGCUCUGCUGCCCAAAGGAUGUAUUCUUUGGACCAAAGAUAUCUUUUGUGAUUCCCUGCAACAGUCAGUGA